GGAUGCUUUUCAACCUGAGGUAGCAGGCUAGGGAAGGCAAGGAAACUUAGAUCUAAUAUCCUAAGCAAUAAAAAGAUUUAGGUAAGCUUAGUAUAACUUAGUAGGUCUUGAGUCUAGUUAUUUUUAGCACUGUUAUCAAAUAUUAGAUGUUUUCUUGCUUCCUGAGGGCAGGGUAGGUAGAGAUAGACUGAGUGCAGACGCCUGCCUGAAGUGGACGCCUUCAACCACUAAUAAAAAUUAGUGGAGCCCACUGUUUUGUCCUUGAAACAGCCUUCAUUCAUCAACGCCAAAUCUUGAAGUAUCAAAACAUAACUACACCUCAAUUUCGUCCUUAUCAAUUACAAAACAAACCGUCCACGAAUACAGAAACAAGAGGUAUGAGCACCGAACACAAGAACGGUGCAGGGGCACAGGAUGAAGAAGAGGAUGAUUACAUGAACAUGUCCUUUGAUGAUCCAGCACCUGUAAAAGAGACAUCCAUACAACGUACACAGCGACUGAAGCGUGAAUCGCGUGCACGGGGUAUCAUCAAGUCAAAAGAGAAAAUUGCAGAGGAAGAAGAAGCCGCACGUGAAAAGGCUCUCUCAACUUCAAUGCUUGACGAUGCCAAGGCAAAAAAGAGCAAAGGACUCGCCAUGAUGGCCAAGAUGGGGUUUACAGGCGGUGGGCUAGGAAAAAAGACAGAAGACGGAGCUGCUCCCGGCCGCACAGAGCCUAUCAAGGUCAGCAUGAAGGACGAUCGUGGAGGUAUUGGUUUGGACAAUGAGAAGAAGCGCAAGAUGAGAGAAGCAGCUGAAGAGAGGGACAUCAAAGCUGUUAAAAUGGAUCCAGACGAGUACCGUGACCGUGUGAGAAAAGAGCGGGAGGACGCAAGGCUUGAGAAGCAGUUCUUUGCAGCCCAGCGCACAGCAGAGAGGAUGGACGAUGAGAAGACAGGAGUUUAUGGCCCUGGUGCUUCAAACCCAAAUUUUAAAGAUGAAAACAACAAACCGGUGCCGAUCUCAUCCCGUCCUCUCAAGUCAAUACCAAUUAUUUAUCGCGGUCUAGUCAGACACAGAGAGGAAGCAGAACGCGACCGACGCAUGCGCUACGAUCUUGAGCAAUCAUUAUCGCGAUUACCAACAUACGAAGACGACCAGGAAGAUGCAGACGACAAGAGGGCAUUGGGGAAGGGAUAUACGGUGUAUGCUACGGCUGAGGAUCUGGACGAAGAAGAUGAGGAGCUGUAUCAGUUCAAUGAGCUCGAGAUUGGGGAGCGGUUGAAGAGCGUGUUGGAGUAUCUGAGGGAAAAGCAUCAGUAUUGUUUCUGGUGCAAAAUGGCGUAUCCUGAUGUUGAGAUGGAGGGCUGUCCAGGCUUGACUGAGGAGGAUCAUGAUUAACUGUGACAAUGCCAUGUUGUGACAAUUUCACGAGAAAUAGAUAGACGCCUCAGGUGUUAUGGCCGAUCUUGACACCAAGAGGAAAGCUUCAAGACAUCAUUUUUUUAUCACAAUGACUGCUUUCAGCAAUAUCCUCGCG